AGAGACAGUAUAUGCAUAGCAAUCAGCACCUCUCAUUAUGGAAAAAAAGAAAGAGAAAAAAGAAAAAAGAAAAAGAGAAGCAAUGAGCAGCAUCACCAUCACCGAUUAGUCCCUGACCCUGUUACACACACUAAUCACUCCAAUUGCUUUGAUUUUGAAAGAAAGAAGCACAGUCCAAGUCCUAAAGAGCACACCACACAAAAACACAAAUAAUUCUUGCAUUAAAAGUAUCCAUAAACCGCCAUUUUAAACGUAUUUCAAAAUAAAAAAUAAAAAGCCCUUCUUUUUCAUCAGCCCAAGUGUGCCAUCAAAAUCCAAACUUGGAUAAACUCUCUUUGAAUCCAAGUUUCAUCCUCUUCUGGGUUGUCUUCAAACUUUUAGUCUAGUGCAGUGUCAGUGUCACCUCUUCCUCAUUACAUUGCCACUUCUCAAAUCCACCAUUUAUAACUCUAUCAGUAGUGUGCAUUUUCAGAACCUCAACUUGGCCAAGUUUGUUCUUUUUUUUUUUUCAUGAUAUAAAUCCCAGCAAGUUCUGGGAAAUUCAGUUUCAUAACAUUUUUUUUAUUUGCUGAAUUCUACUUUUGUUGGAAAGAACACCUUGGAGGGUGACUAACAAGGAAGAAGCAGAAGCAACAUAGUGUGUAGAAAAUUUUGGGAGGAAAAUGAAGUUAUAUACUUCAUUGUUGUUACUUGGUUUGGUUUCCAUGCUCUCUUUUGUGGCUUCUGUCAUGAUCCCUUCAGGUGAAGUGUUGGCACUUAAAACUUUCAAGGAAGCUGUGUAUGAAGAUCCACAUAUGGUUUUGUCCAAUUGGAAUACUUUGGAUUCAGAUCUUUGUGACUGGAAUGGUGUUUCUUGUACUGCAACUCGAGAUCAUGUCAUCAAGCUUAAUCUAUCUGGGGCUUCAUUAAGGGGAUUUCUUGCUCCAGAAUUUGGGAAAAUUACCUACUUACAAGAACUGAUCUUGCAUGGAAACAGUCUCAUUGGAGUAAUACCUAAAGAAUUGGGCAUGUUGAACUCUCUCAAGGUGUUGGAUUUGGGAAUGAAUCAGUUAACAGGACCAAUUCCUCCAGAGAUUGGAAAUUUGACCCAAGUUAUGAAAAUAAACCUUCAGUCCAAUGGGUUGACUGGUAGGCUACCUCCAGAGCUAGGAAAGUUGAAAUACCUUCAAGAGCUUCGGCUGGAUAGGAAUAAGCUUCAAGGAUCUCUUCCUGGUGGUGGCAGUUCAAAUUUUUCUUCAAAUAUGCAUGGGAUGUAUGCCUCGGGUGUGAAUAUGACUGGCUUCUGUCGUUUGUCUCAGUUAAAAGUUGCAGAUUUUUCAUAUAACUUUUUUGUUGGUAGCAUACCCAAAUGCUUGGCAUAUCUUCCAAGAUCAAGCUUUCAAGGAAAUUGUCUCCAUAUCAAAGACAUAAAACAGCGGAUUUCGGUGCAAUGUGCUGGUGCUUCGCCUGCCCAAAGCGGACCAGUAGUGAACCCAAGGUACCUACCUGCUACUAAACAUGUGACCAAGCAUCAAGAAGCAUCAAAACCUGCUUGGCUUUUGGCUCUAGAAAUAGUGACGGGAACCAUGGUUGGUUCUCUCUUUAUUAUUGCUAUUCUCUCUGCGAUUCAGAGGUGUAACAACAAACCAUCUAUCAUCAUUCCUUGGAAAAAAUCUGCAAGCGGAAAAGAUUAUAUGGCAGUACAUAUAGACUCUGAGAUGUUGAAGGAUGUGAUGAGUUAUAGCAGACAGGACCUUGAAGUGGCCUGUGAAGACUUCAGCAACAUAAUUGGGUCCUCACCGGAUAGUGUGGUCUACAAGGGUACCAUGAAGGGUGGGCCUGAGAUUGCUGUGAUUUCCCUCUGCAUCAAGGAAGAUAAUUGGACAGGAUACCUUGAGCUCUAUUUUCAGAGAGAGGUGGCAGACUUGGCAAGGUUAAAUCAUGAUAACACAGGAAAGCUGUUAGGAUAUUGUAGAGAGAGCAGUCCAUUUACAAGGAUGCUGGUUUUUGAAUAUGCAUCAAAUGGAACACUUUAUGAGCACCUACAUUGUUAUGAAGAAGGGUGCCAGUUGUCUUGGACAAGGCGUAUGAAAAUUAUCAUAGGCAUUGCCCGUGGACUCAAGUAUUUGCACACUGAAAUUGAGCCGGCGUUCACUAUCUCAGAAUUGAAUUCCAAUGCCGUUUACCUCACAGAAGAUUUUUCCCCUAAGCUGGUUGAUUUUGAAAGUUGGAAGACAAUUCUUGAAAGAUCCGAAAAAAAUUCUGGUAAUGUUAGUAGCCAGGGUGCUGUUUGUGUUCUACCAAACUCUCUUGAAGCGCGCCGUCUCGACACCAAAGGAAACAUCUAUGCUUUUGCUGUACUUCUAUUGGAGAUAAUCAGUGGGAGACCUCCAUACUGCAAGGACAAAGGGUACUUGGUGGAUUGGGCUAGGGACUAUCUUGAAAUGCCAGAAGUAAUGUCAUAUGUGGUGGAUCCUGAGUUGAAACAUUUUAGAUAUGAAGACCUCAAAGCAAUAUGUGAGGUGAUAACUCUUUGCAUCAAUCCUGAUCACUCUGUCCGUCCAUCAAUGCGUGAAUUAUGCACUAUGUUGGAGAGCAAAAUAGACACAACAAUAAAUUUGGAGCUAAAGGCAUCAUCACUGGCUUGGGCUGAACUAGCACUUUCGUCAUAAUUGAGCCAAUAAUACUCAACUAACUCAACAUGCACCACAACUGAAGCAUGCAGACCUAUAACCAUUAAUACUUCUCUGACUACUUUUCUUUCUUCUCCUCUCUUCCCUUGCUUUGCUUUUCAUUUUAAUCUAUUUCAUUUUAUCUCUCACCUGUAAAUAAUUGUUCAUAAAAAAGGAGUGUGCAAGGGUUAAGGUAUCCUUGUAUAGCGGUGGGUUGACAACUAGAAAUUGAUAAAUCAAUGGAGACAAAAAAAUUGGGUUGACAACUGUCUUUGCUUUUCCUUUUCUUUUUGUAUAUGUGUGAUUCUUCUUCUUGGGCUCAGGGAGAUUUACUUUUUGGCUAUGCACAAAGUCUGGCUUAUA